AGAAACAACGAGUUUUCUCGCGUUUGGUAUUUACAGGACUUUGAAUACAGAAAACCUAAAGCCUAUUAUGCGUUCAAAUUAACAAAUCCCAUCGUAUCUGAUAAUCCAUUCAAUGAAAACGCUUCGGAACUCUUCAGCCAAUUAUUCCGGGAUUCAGUCAAUGAGUACUUAUAUGCGGCAGAAAUGGCUGGGCUUUGGUUUAGCAUGAGCUCAGGUCUCACAGGCAUUACUAUAUAUUUUGGCGGAUAUAACGACAAACUGAAUGCUUUGGUGACCACUAUUUUGGAUCAAUUGAUUGCAUUCAAAAUUGAUGCCAAAAGGUUUGAAGUAUUUAAGGAUAUAUACGUACGUGAUCUGAAAAAUCGCCAUGCUAAUCAAAUGGCACAAAUACUGUCAACCAAUAUGACAGAGAUUACUACUGAACGCAUUUGGACCGAUGAAGAGCUGUUACAGACCGUCGAUGACUUGACUGUCGCUAAUAUCACUCAAUUUAGGGAUCAAUUUCUGUCCCGUUUUCAUAUCGAGGCCUUUAUCUAUGGAAAUGUACUCAAGAGUGAGGCCAUCGAUAUUUGCGAUUCAGUUGAACACAAAUUCAAGUCUCAGCUCAAGACUAAACCCAUCGCUCUUUCGCAGCACUUCUUGAAUCGUGAGAUCCAUUUGACUGAAGGAUCCGAUUAUGUGUUUGAGAGCAAGACUUCAAUCCAUAAAACAAAUGGAAUUAAAAUCUAUUAUCAAAUCGGAGUCAGAGAUACGAAGACUAAUGGAUUGGUAGGACUUUUGCAACAAAUACUGAAACAACCAUUUUUUGAUACAUUGAGAACUAAACAACAGUUGGGUUAUGUCGUCAGCGCUACCACAAGAGUGGCUAAUGGUGUUUGCGGCAUGAGUUUUCUCAUUGAAUCCGAUUAUAAGACGAGUUUUCUAAACGAGAGAAUCGAGGCUUACAUUCAAUGGUUUACCAAAUAUAUUGAAGAUAUGAGUGAAACUGAUUUCGAGACUCAAAGACAGGCAUUGAUUGCCAGAAAACUCGUGAAACCAAAGAAUUUAUGGGAAAAAUGCUGUACUCUUUGGGCUGAAGUCAUGUCCAAAGAGUAUAAUUUCAAUCGACAAGAGAUUGAAGUGAAUGCUAUUAGAGAGCUCUCAAAGCAAGAUAUCGUUGACUUCUUGAAGAAACAUCUGUCCAAAGCCUCUCCCGAUCGCCGCAAACUGACUGUCAGUAUAGCCACUGAAACCCCAAUUAAUGAAAAGGAUGUGAAAGAUGUCAACACCGAUGAUAUGCCCGCACCGACUGAAAUACCGGUGAAUUUAUAAUUAAAUUAAAUAAUUACAAGCAAAAUAUCAUAAUUUACAUUCACUU